AUGGAGUACGAUACCAAGACCCCGGUGUCUGUCACCAGCGAUCCCAAGUCGUUUGCUAGCGACUCGGUCCGACAGCGAUGGCCUGUCAUUCUGACCCAAUCCAUUGACGACGUUUACCGAGCUGUCACCAAGGCCACCGACCCCGAGGCUAUCGCAGAGGGCAAGAAGAUCAUUGAGAAGCUGGCUGGUCUCAAGUACGAGGUCGAGCACGACCGAAAGCUCACUCCCAUCCCCGACGAUGGCUUCACAGAUGAGAUUACAGCAUACAACAAGGAGGUUGAGGCGCUAGGCCCUGAUGCCCACUGGUACGAUGUGCCUUGGCUCUUCUCCGAGUGCUACAUGUAUAGACGCAUCAGCACCUUCUUCCGCCUAACCAAGCACUGGAAAAACUACGACAUGUUUGCCCGCCAGAAGAUGGACACGUUCCGAUCGUCGCGGCCGGCCGUCCUCGAGCUCGCCAGCAAGUACAGACAGUUUGUUGAGCAGCUCCGCGCCGACAAGGACUCGACCCAUGACGCCAACGCCGAGAGGCUCCUCUUCACCGAGAUGUUUGAGAUUUGCCUCUGGGGCAACGCCACCGAUCUGUCCCUUCUCACCAACCUGACCUACGAGGAUAUUCAGAAGCUGCAGGGUGCUGAGGCUCGUAAGGCGGCUGAGAAGAACAUUCUGGUUAACGACCUUCCCAAGGCGUAUGAGAUUCUGAAGAAGGCUCAGGCUGAGGGCAAGAAGGAGCGCCGUGUUGACUUUGUCCUUGACAAUGCUGGAUUUGAGCUGUACGUCGACCUUAUCUUGGCCGGCUACCUGCUCUCUUCAGGUCUUGCUACUCAGAUUGUCCUUCGACCCAAGUCCAUCCCCUGGUUCGUUUCGGAUGUUCUGCCCAGCGAUUUCAGCGGCCUCCUCAACGCCAUCGCCAACCCUCGUGCCCUGUACGAGACUGCUUCUGAGGAUGAGGAGCUUCAGGGCAAGACCCCUGAGCCUCUGUCUGAUGAGGCCGAGGGAGACCUCAAGUUUCUUUUCCAGGAGUGGGCCACAUUCCACUCCGAGGGUCAGCUCAUUCUCCGUCCUAACCGAUACUGGACUGCCGGUGGUAGCUUCUGGCGACUGCCUCAUGAGAAUCCCGAACUGCACGAGGAGCUCAAGCCUGCGGAGCUUAUCAUCUUUAAGGGUGACCUGAACUACCGAAAGCUGACUGGUGAUGCCUGGUGGCCGGCCACCACACCCUUCACCGAGGCUCUCGGCCCCAUGGGUCCCUCCUCAGGCCUCAACGUCCUCUCCCUGCGAACCUGCAAGGCUGAUGUUGUUGUCGGUCUCCCUGAGGGCAAGGACGAGGAGCUUAGGAACCUCGAGGGCGGCGGCGGCGACACUGGUGCCCGACGAUGGGCUUGGCACGGAAAGUGGGCAGUCGUGUGCCUGUCCCAGGGUCAUUAA